UCAGUAUAGGUAGAAGAAUCGCCGAUCCAGCUGCUGAUAGACGGCUUGAAGGAUGGAUUGAGUUGAGUGGUAGAGAGAGGGUGAUGUCGUUGGGUUUAGCUCGAGCCAAGUCCCAAACGAGCCUAGCGCAACCGUUAUUCUUCGAACCACCUGCAGUCAUCCAGUCAAACCACCAGAAACAACCAACACUGAAUAUCACCGUCUUCUUUGACCUUUGACCUUUGACCUUUGACCCACCGGAGACUUCCUCAGGUUACUAUGCAUGCCAACGAACCAAGCAGAUUCCGGCCGGCUCAUUUCCUUGCCGAGCAUGCCCACCCCGAGGCAGACGUACCGCUUGAUCUGGUCAUCUUGAAUCAACCUAUCCACAAUUUUCAUGUCUUUGCUCGAGUAUGGAAACACGCCGAAUAUCGCAUCUGCGCCGACGGAGGCGCCAACAGGUUGUACGACAUGUUCGAAGGUCCUCUCGAAGACCGGAGGCAAGAUUAUUUACCACAUUCUAUCCAUGGUGAUCUAGACUCUCUGCGGGACGACGUGAGAGCGUAUUAUGAGUCGCAUGGGGUUGAUGUAUCUCAGGACCAUGAUCAAGAGAGCACCGAUUUCGGCAAGACGAUGCAGAAGAUAGCUUCCAGGAGAUCGUCAACGUCAGAACGAGAGGUCGUUGUCCUAGGCACGCUAGGAGGAAGAGUCGACCAAGGCCUCGGACUCUUGCACGAGAUCUUCAGAGAAGAGCUAAAGGAUCCGCUUCUCCGCCUGUGGCUGAUAUCCGAAGCCAGUGUGUCCUUCAUUCUGGAGCAGGGCCUGAAUAUCGUCGAGGGCUUAAAAUCAAGCGGGCUCUUCACCAAGAACAUGGGCCUUGUACCUAUAUAUGGUCCUGCCGUCAUUACCACCUCUGGACUGGAAUGGGACGUCAAGGAUUGGGAUACCCAGAUGGGGACGAGGGUGAGCUCGAGCAAUCACGUGAUCUCCGACGAGGUGCAGGUGAAUACAACUGCACCCAUCUUAUUCACCAUCGAGAGGAAUUCGAUAACAAGUAGCUCCGGGCCAGGGAACCGCAGGAAGGGGACGUAGGUUCAAUGUCCGGUCAUGAUGGGAACCAGGGCGAAAGCUGGAAAGAAAGGGGUGAUCAGUCUUCUCUGAGAACCGAGAAAUAUCUA